GGCUUGGCGGCUUGGCGGCUUGGCGGCGCGCCGUACGCUGUGCCAGUAGUGUUCUUGCCGGGUCCGCGCUGUGGUCCGCGUUGUAGUCCGCGUACCGCCCCCAUCGCCCGCCAGCGAGUACGGCGAGACGUCGUCGCCGUUGUCGUCGUGGUCGAGGUCGUCGUCGUGGUCGUCAUCCAGGUCAUUUAGGCACCACAGCCGACACGGCCCCCCGUCAGCACCGCGAGGCCAAGUGAGCGAAGAUGCUGGGCUGGCUGCAGACCCUGCUGCUGCGGUGGUUCAUCGUGGCCUUCGUCUCCUUCAACACGCUGCUCAUCCCCUGGCUGCGGCCCGACCUCGUGGUGCAGCAUGAGCGGCCGCAGGACGUCCAGGCCGCGGGGCUCGACCUGCGCGACGUCUACGACUACAUCGUGGUGGGGUCGGGCUCGGCCGGCAGCGUGCUGGCCAACAGGCUGUCGGAGAAUGCCUCGGUGUCCGUGCUGCUGGUGGAGGCGGGCGGCGGGGAGAGCCUCCGCAGCGAGGUGCCCGCGGCCUUCAUCACCAUGUCGGGCCCGGGCUACGGCGCCGCCGAGGACUGGGCCUUCGAGACGGAGCCGCAGGCCGGCAGCUGCGGCGCCCUCCAUGGCUGCCGGUCGCAGUGGCCGCGCGGCAAGCUGCUGGGCGGCUCCAGCGCCAUCAACGGCAUGCUCUACAUCCGCGGCAACCGGCGCGACUACGACGGCUGGCGCGACAUGGGGCUGUCCGGAUGGGGGUACGACGACGUGCUGCCCUACUUCAAGAAGAGCGAGGACAUGAGGAUCCCCGAGCUCCAGGACUCGCCGUACCACGGCGUGGGCGGCCCGCUCACCGUGGAGCACUACAAGCACUACGCCGGCAUCACCGAGGACUUCCUGGCCGCCGGCAGGGAGCUUGGCGUCCCCACCAACGAGGACGUGAACGGCGAGAGCCAGUUCGGCUUCAUGAAGUCCCACGGCACGCUGAGGGAAGGCCUGCGCUGCAGCACCGCCAAGGCCUUCCUGCGGCCCGCUGCGAAGCGACCCAACCUGCACAUCACCAUGGACUCCACGGUCCUCAAGGUGCUGACAGAGCGAGAGGACGACGUCGUGCAGGCCACAGGCGUGGAGUUCGUCAAGCACGGCCAGGUGCACCGCGUGCUCGCCGCGCGCGAGGUGAUCCUGUCCGCCGGCGCGGUGCAGUCCCCGCAGCUCCUCAUGGUGUCCGGCAUCGGCCCGGCCGAGCACUUGAAACAGGUGGGCGUCCCGGUGGUGGUGGACCUACCCGGCGUCGGCGAGAACCUCCAGGACCACGUCGGCGCGGCCGGGACGGCGUACUUGGUGGGGGUGCCGGGGAAGACCUCCGCGGCGCUGGAGAUCGCCUCCUUCGAGAGCGCCUACGGCCUGACGUACGGCCUGGGCGGGCCGUCCUUCGGGUGGACGUUCGGCGAGGUCAUGGGCUUCAUUGCCAGCAAGUUCUCUGACCCCGCCUACCCGGACCUGCAGCUGUUCCUGGCCAGUGCCUCCGACGCGACGGACGCCGGCGCGAUCCACGCCAGGGCCAUGGGGCUCACGCCGGAGGUGUUCGAGACCAUGUACCGGCCCGUCGCCUUCCAGGACACCUACUCCUGCGUCCCCCAGAUCCUGCGACCCGAGUCGCGCGGACACAUCCGCCUGCGCAGCGCCAGCAUGCUGGACCCCCCCGUGAUCCAGCCCAACUACCUCAGCACGCAGCGGGACGUCGACUUGCUCGUCGAGGGCGAGAAGUUCUGCCGCCGCCUGCUGGAGACGAAGACCAUGCAGGCGCUCAACGUGACGCUGAACCCGCGCAAGUUCCCGGCCUGCAGCCACCUGGACAUCCUGUCCGACGAGUACGUGGCGUGCCAGGCGCGGCAGUACACCAUGACCAUCUACCACCCGGUGGGCACGUGCCGCAUGGGCCGGCCGGACGACGCCCAGGCCGUGGUGGACGAGCGGCUGCGGGUGCGCGGCGUGCGCGGGCUGCGCGUCGUGGACGCCUCCGUCAUGCCGACCGUGCCGAGCGGCAACACCAACGCCCCCACCAUCAUGGUGGCCGAGAAGGCCGCCGACCUCAUCAAGGAGGACGCUCUGCAGCCGGAGGUCGUUCUGCUCGGCGAGCUCGGCGACCGGCCGGCGCGCGCGGCCAAGGCGACGCAGUGCGUCUCCGACAACAGAUCCGGCCAGUGUCCGGAGGGGCGGCCGACGCGGACGUCGCGGCGCGCCAACGAACGCGCGGAGGAGCUGUGAUGAGAAUGAAUCGGGUAGAACACGUGACCACGUGACGCAACCUUGGCUGUGAUGAUGUACAUAGAUUAGGAAUAAAGUGUAACGAAUUGUGAAUUGUGAUGCAGAUAGGAAAGGAAAACGUUUCUAUUUUAUUAUGAAAUAAACUUAGACCAAAGUG